ACAAAAUAUAAGCUAAUGUUAGAAAAUUGUUUUGGAAAUUGGGAAAUUAUUAUAACAAGUACGUCUUCAAUAUAUCAAAACACUUUCUUCAGACAAACCAAAUUGUAGUGGAAUCCAAAUUAUGGCGGCCGUUCAAAAUGGGAUGAAGAAGGAAGAGCUAAAGGAUGCUAAGUUAGAAAAGCAUCAGAUAGAAAAAAAACGAAAAAAGUUGAAGCGAAAAGCUGAGACUGGCUCUUCUUCAAGCGAUUCCUCAAAAUCAGGGAAAGAGUCGCCGGAUGAAAAAGACGACAGUGAAAAGAAGAAAAAGAAAAAGAAAAAGUUGAAGAAGUCGAAGCAACCUCUUAAUGAUGAAAACUAUCCCAGAUUGCAGUCUACAGAGAACAAUUUACAGAAGCCUAUAAAAAUUGCAGAUUUACAAGAGCUUUUAUUUUGGUGUCUUGCUGACGGACAAGCGCCGUCCUGGGUUUUGGUACGAAACAAACAGCAUAUUAGGCGUGCAGUGGUUCUGCUGGUACCAGGUUUAGAGCCUUCGCAAUUUGGAUUCAAACCUGUAAAGGGUGAUAAACAUUCGUUUUUAUUACCAUCAACCUUAAAGGAUAACACACCUAGCGAACUGUCAGAGUUUGAUGACAUUUUUAAACUCGCAUGGCCCACCCGAUCUCCUGGUGAUCGCUAUCGUGUCUUCUCUCCAGUAAAUGCUUUUUUACAAUCGGUUUUAAGCAAUGAACAAAAAAAGAGGAGAGAUCGAGAAAUGAAGGCCAUGUCAAAGUCUAGUAAACCAGAGGAUUACCUCAUGUCCUACGAAUCUUUCGUAGAAGAUGAGUAUCCGUUACACCCAACGAUCAAACUUGAAUCUGAAUCCGUUGAACUUCCUGAAGGUUGGGCAGCUUCUAAAGCUGAUUUCCAUCAACGUCCACAGGAUCCAAAAAUACUAGCUAUGGAUUGUGAGAUGGUAAAGACUGAAAAUGGGUCAGAAAUUGCUCGUGUCACCAUCGUUGAUAUGAAAAAUGAAGUCUUGUAUGAUGAGCUUGUCAAGCCAGAUUUCCCAGUUACUAAUUAUGUAACUCAAUUUUCUGGUAUUACUGAGGAAAAGUUAGCUCCAGUCACCACUAGGCUAGCAGAUGUACAUGCAUAUUUUCUGGACACAAUUGAUAAUAACGUGGUUCUCCUAGGACACAGUCUCAAUUCGGAUCUGAAUUGUCUUCGGUUUGUUCAUCCUCAUAUUAUAGAUACAGCCAAUAUUUAUAAUCACACACGUGGUCCUCCUUCAAAACCAGCCCUUAAAUGGUUAGCCUCCAAAUGGUUGCAUAAGGAAAUCCAGAAGGGCGGAGCUUUAGGUCACGAUUCGGCAGAAGAUGCCGCUACUUGUGUCGAACUAUUAAAACUUAAGGUUAAAAAUGGUCCUAGCUUUGGUUUAUUUAACCAAGAUUUUGAAUCAAUUUUCCAUCGUCUUUCGCGACAACAGCCAACACCCUUAAUUGGUGCAGUCGCUGAUUAUGGAAAUCCAGAAGCUUGCAUUGGAAAAGCAGCUCACAAAAACGUAUCAUGUUCAAAUGAUGAUGAGAUUAUUAGUGCUGUUGUUACUUUAUCCGAUAUGCAUAAUUUUGUUUGGGCUCGACUAAGGGAAGUCGAACAAGUGGCCGAAUGGAAUGUUAAUAGAGCAAACCAAAAACAAAGCAACGGCACGGAUUCGGAUACAAGUGCUGGGGAGCAAGACAACGAUAAAAUAGAUUAUUCCCAAGCAUUGGCUCAUCUGAAUAGAAGAAUCCGACUUUUAUACGAUUCUCUCCCGAGCGGUACGCUAUUUAUGAUUUACACUGGAACUGGAAAUCCCAUAGAGAUGUCCAGGUUGAAUGGUGUUCGCCAGACAUUUCGAAAAGAGUAUCAGACAAAAAAAUGGGAUGAGCUAUCCGUACAGUGGACAGACGCAGAAAAUGUGAAACUAAUUAACUCUGUCGAAAGUACUCGGAAUGGUUUAUCGUUCUUCACCAUAAAAUAGAAAGAAUUUUGGAUUUGUUUGAUGGAUUGAUCGAUCGUAUAUACUAGCUUUAGUCUGUAUUGUAUAACGUCCAUAAAUAAUCUAUAUCAUACAAGGUUUUGGGUUUCAUGGCAUUUAUGGAAAGUGGAAAUUAAAUAUAUAUCUUUAUCUGUUGAAAAUAAAAAUUUAGUUGUAACACAGA